GUCUAGCGUGAGUCCGAGCGAGCGGAUCGCCGAGUCGCGUCGCUCUUGGUUGUCGGGUAUCGAAAUACUUGCUCCACCAAAAGUCGCUGCAGCCCCUUCGCAAAUUUUCGCGGAUUCGUUUUAUCGAGAAGCAAACGACGUGAGCAUUAUGCGCGUUGCCAAGGGGCGCGGACGUAUGAACCACCGUACAAACGGAGCCAUUGUGAACGGUGAAAUCGUAAACGAGCCUCGGAUGUUCGCGCGAUCAUCGAGCCUUUGACACACAGGCCCGCUUGAUCCUUAGUAGACGCGUCGAGUCGGUCGUAGAAACCCUCGCGUUUAUCACUCCCCGGCCACCUUAGCCGUUCCUUUACCCCCACCCUUCUUUCGUCCUCCCUCUAUUAUUCGCGCUUCCAUGUGUACUCCGACUUCGAGACGUACAUGAAACCAACACCUUAGACCUCCGCUAGGCCACCUUUCGAUAUCUUUCGAAGGUUACUACAUACUUCGUCGUGACGCUUGACCCUCCUCCCACGACUCUUCUCAACCUUGUAGACAACAAGUAGCGAGUUCGUAAUUAAUAUCGUAAACAAGUGUGAAAACGACACUCCUGUUGCGAAGGGGUAGGUUUUUUUAGCGCUCGAGAACUGUAUUCCGAAGCUGAACCAGCCGCACAUACCGCUUCCGCCUUUCUGCUGGCACCGCGAUCUUUCGUUGCGAAUUUCCCGAUCGAAGUUGCCACGAUCCUCCGGCGGGAAAACAGUCUUCAAGCCAGAAAGACGAGACAGAAAGUCGAUUCGAAUCCAUGACCUCGUGACGAGCGAGCGAUGCGACGGUGAACAAAAGAAUGCUUCGUAGUCGGUAAAAGUCGACGAGCCAGGAACACCGUGGAGGAAUUAUGCCGGACAAAAAUCGAGGCUGCCGAGAUGGACAACGCGACAAAGAUUUCUUUGCCGAUGAGAUAUCGUCCAUCGGCAUGUCGCUACGACCCAGCGGUAGCGCAUCUUCCGGCAUUUCAUCCCUUGCGAGCUGUGGCGAGGUGUACGCGUUACCAGAACUGCCGGCACAAGACGAAGAACGAUUACAACGCGCCGCACGUUUACUGCAACAAAGGCUCGUUUUACGCCAGUGGUUGACAGACCAUGGCUUGCAUAGCCAUUACCAGAAGCUAAUGCAGAUGGAAGUGAUGUCCCUAGAGGAUGUAUAUUGGGUGGAGGAUAAUGCUGCACGGGCAGCCCUUGGCAAGGAUCUACCGCGAUGGAUCCAGGCCAGACAGACGCUGCCUACUUCAAAGGAAGAUUUAGAAACCCUCAAGGCUGAUCUAUGGAGCGCCGUAGUGAAGAAUAGUCAACAUCAGGACGCUUGGACAUGGGGUGGAAUGUUGGUAGUUUCUGUGUCAGUAGCAGGGUUAGUGACCUUGGCUGCUAUGACACAACCAGCUCUAGCACCGGAGGCAAAGCACUCCUUGCUACAAUAUGUGACUGGAAAAUAUUUAUUACCGAGCAAUUGCCGAGUUCACUUUGCAUGGGAUGAGCCACAGCUCGUAGGAGGAACUAUGACAUUUAUAGUAAAGUUUUAUCAACGCAACGGUCAACCUUAUCCUAUUUGUGACAAAGACAAUCUGAUCAUUGAAGUCACAGAAGGUACGCGCAGGAUAGCUACCCUUAUAGAGUUGGGGGGUACCGACCCCUUAGCUGCUAAUACUGCAGUUGUGAAGUUUACUGUUCGCCAUGCUGGACAAUAUCGAAUAGCCGUACUUAUUGGACCGUGUCACGUUCAUGGCAGCCCGUUUCUUAAAAAUUUUCUUCCCGGUCCUCCAGAUCCAAAUAAGACAAUCUUUGUACGACAAAGUUCGACAGUCGUUUGUACAGCGGGAGUUGCACACUCUAUGACAAUAGAACCUCGAGACGAAUAUGAUAAUCUGUGCAUAUUUGGACCCGGUGAUAAACCCACGGAAGGUUACCAAGUUAACAUUACUCAGAUUGGUAAUUCAGUAGAUAAAUCGGCUAUUGCGGAUUGUAGUGUACAACUUGAAUACGACUCUCCGAAUCAAAGGAUUCGCUUAAAAGUCAGUUUUCCAAAGGGUAGUUGUUAUCAUGCAACAGUCAGUUUAGGCGGACUACAACUACACAAUGGCGAUUUCGACAUCAUUGUACUCGAGAGUGAAGUUGCUAGAAUGGUACACAAUAACGUGGCUUCGAAGGACCCCAAUAUUUGCUAUGCCGCUAAAUUGUUGGGCAUGCAAGGCGAGAAAUUUUCAAAACCAAAAAAAGUUGUCUGUUUCAUUUCGCCUAAGCAACUUACUAUUAAAGAAUACUUACUAAGGAUUAUCCCGAAAAGGCUUGUUACAUUCAGGCUUUGUCCAUCGACUAAAUUCCAUUUUGAUUGUUCGAAUAAUCAAUACGAAGGUUACGAUUCUUUUUCUAUCGAUGAUGGAUGUCAGCCACCCGUUGAAUUAAUUUCUCUAUAUAGAGAUAUAAUAGCCGCUACAUUCACGUUGUUUCUGUUGAAGAACAUUGGAGGAAGUGAAACUUUUGCUGAUAAACAAGAUUUCUUUUACCACGAAGUUCGGAAACAUCAUCAAAAACAUUAUCACGAGAAGCUUUCGAUGAAAGUUCAACGAGAUAAAUUGCUAGAAUCGUCCAUGAAAGCUACCAAAGGAUUUUCUGUGAAUGACUGGUGUAGAAAUUUUGAAAUCAAUUUCCAAGGCGAACAAGGGGUUGAUUGGGGUGGUGUCCGAAGAGAAUGGUUUGAAUUAAUUUGUGCGGCACUGUUCGAUUCAGGAAAUGGUUUAUUUGCAUCCUUCGGAGAAUCACAACAGGCACUAGUUCAUCCUAACAGUAAACGGCCUUCACAUCUCAAGUUAAAACAUUACGAAUUUGCAGGACGAAUCGUGGGCAAAUGCCUAUACGAAUCCGCUCUUGGCGGUUCCUAUCGGCAGUUAGUACGUGCAAGAUUCACAAGAUCAUUUCUUGCACAAAUCAUAGGCCUCAGUGUACAUUAUAAGUAUUUCGAGCAAGAUGAUCCAGACUUAUAUCUCAGCAAGAUAAAAUAUAUUCUUGAAAAUGAUGUUGAGGAAAUGGAACUUUAUUUUGUCGAAGAAGAAUAUGAUAAAGAUGGUCAAUUAUUAAAAGUAGCUGAGUUAAUACCUGGAGGUGGUAAAAUUCGUGUAACGAAUGGAACUAAACUGCGUUAUUUGGACGCACUCGCCCAACAUAGACUUGCUAGUUCCAUACGGAACGAAGUGGAACAUUUUCUAAGGGGUUUGAACGAACUCAUUCCCGAUAACCUUUUGGGAAUUUUUGACGAGAACGAACUCGAAUUAUUGUUAUGUGGAACUGGUGAGUAUAGCGUGGCAGAUCUACGUGCGCACCAUAUAGCUAAUGGGAGUUCUUCAGAAUUUCUUCGAGUUCUUGAUUGGUUUUGGACUGCAGUUAGCAACUUUACACAGGAAGAGAUGGCCCGAUUAUUACAAUUUACUACAGGUUGUUCGCAAUUACCACCCGGUGGAUUUCAACAACUGAGUCCACGAUUUCAAAUUACAGCAGCACCAACUUUUGCUAACUUACCUACAGCACAUACUUGCUUCAAUCAGCUCUGCUUACCGGGUUACGAAUGUUACGAUCACUUUGAACGAGCUUUAUUAUUAGCGAUUAGUGAAGGUACUGAAGGUUUUGGCAUGAUUUAAACUGAUUAAGUGUCAAUUAAGUUCUAGUCUUAUAUGAUUGUGCUAUUUAUUUAACUUCUUAUUUUUCGUAUUAUUAACAUAGUUUUACUUUCAAAUGUCUGCUUUUUUUACAAGAUUAAAAAAAUUACAUUUACCACACAUUUUGAUACGUAAACAAAGGGAUAGGAUUUUUGAACAUAUUCUUUUUGUGUUCUAUCGAGUGACUAUCAAGAACAAUCAGAUAUAUUUUCCAAACAUAAACGACGAUAUUAAUAUUCUUACUGGCUUGUGGUAACGUUUUUAUAAAGAGAUGAUGCAAAGAGCAAUCUUACAGGAACAUCUUGCUCAAUUUAUUGUAUCAAGAUUUGUUGUAGUUUAAAAUAUUGUAAAUUUUAUUACUCAUAAAAAUAGGUACGUACACGUUCCUCAAGCCAUCAGAUUUGAUAUAUUUAAUUCCACAAUUUAAUCGAUACGCAAUAAAACAUUCUUUUAUAGUUACCGAAUUAGUCAAAGUUAGCAUGUGCAUUGUAAAGCUUGAGAAGGUCGUUGUGAGGUUUAUUAAACUAUUCACCUAAUCAGUAUUUUUCUCUUCUUUUUUACUUCGAAUAUCGCACUAAGCACACGAAAUAAAUAAGGAAACAAUGUUUCGAUGAAUGAAUUUCAUAAGUUAUUACUUAUAGAAGUAAGUUAAGUUCUUACCUACUACUUGCAACCAAAAUCAGUGAGUAAUCUUUAGAUUUCUUUGUAGAUGCAAUAUCGUCUGUAAUUUUGUUAACUAUAGCAUAUAGCUUACAUGAAAUGUCUUCAAUUGCAAAUAAACAUACUGAGCUUUUCUUCGUUUUCAUAUCGCAUUAAAAGGUAUUUUAAGGUGGUAAAUCGACGAGUACGACCGAAUCCAGUCUCAAAAUUGUAGGACAUCGUUAUUUGUUGUCGCAAUUAAUAUAUGCAAUAAAAAAAAAAUGUUUUAGAUCGACUAGCGAGAAGAUUACAUAAAAUUACACCUAACACAACGUACUCAAAUAUAAAGUGAUUUUGUGAUAACAAGAACGAAUCUUCCACUGAAAUUUUUGUCGUGUCUUCGCUUACCGUGUACGAAAACCUCAAAUGAGAAAGGAUCUAUACUGUGCUGGCUGAAGCCUAAAAGAAGUAUACCGCAGAAACGAUAUUGUUAUCGAACAAAACGAAGAUCAAUUUUAUCUUGUACUUAUGUACGCAAUAAUGAGAUAUGUGAUCAGACACGUCGUAUUUGUGUCACUCGUACGUGGUUAUUUAGAUUUUACGAUCUAUUGUAAUGU